AUUUUAUCAAUAAGAUCAGCAGCCAGCCACAGACAAUCAUUUAUAUACUAUACAAUAUUUCGCCGUUCGCACCAUUGCAACACGCAAGUGUUGUUGCUGAUUCAUUUCGCUCCAGUCUUGUCUCUUUCUCUCUGCAGAACCAAACCAAAAGGUUGUUUUUUCCGGGCACAAUUUUUUGUGGGGUUCAUCAAAGUUCGCUCCUUUUCUGCAAAAGAAAUUUCGCCCAAAACUGUAAUCAAUACAGUACUUUGUAUUCCAUUUUGGAUAAUGAUUGUGGAGGACGAAAAUUGUGGUGUUGGUUCUGGGGAAGGAGGAAGAUGGUUGCGGGGUUUCGGAAGCUUGAUUAGGAGGAAGCAAGUUGAUUCUGUUCAUGUCAGGAGACAUGGCCAAUUGGCUAGGAAGUUGUCUGCUGUUGAUCUCGUUGGAAUUGGGGUUGGAGCUACCAUAGGAGCUGGAGUGUAUAUUCUCAUUGGAACAGUUGCUAGAGAGCAAGCAGGACCAGCACUUGUGAUAUCUCUUCUCAUUGCUGGAAUAGCUGCUGGACUGUCAGCUUUUUGCUAUGCUGAGCUUGCAUGUCGGUGUCCGUCUGCAGGGAGUGCUUAUCAUUAUACAUACAUAUGCAUUGGAGAAGGGGUUGCUUGGUUGGUUGGUUGGUCUCUGAUUUUAGAAUAUACUAUUGGUGCUUCGGCUGUUGCUCGUGGCAUAACCCCAAAUCUGGCCUUGUUUUUUGGUGGAGAGGACAACCUACCUUCUUUUUUGGCUCGACAUACCUUACCAGGUCUUGAAAUUGUGGUUGAUCCAUGUGCAGCUGCAUUAAUUCUUCUUGUGACCCUACUUCUGUGCCUUGGAAUCAAGGAGAGUUCAACGGCCCAAUCCAUUGUGACAACAGUAAAUGUCUGUGUCAUGCUUUUCAUCAUUUUAGGUGGUGGAUAUCUAGGUUUCAAGUCUGGAUGGGUUGGAUAUGAACUCUCCACCAGGUAUUUUCCUUAUGGAGUAAAUGGGAUGUUUACUGGGUCUGCGAUAGUUUUCUUUUCAUACAUUGGUUUUGAUUCAGUGACCAGCACUGCUGAGGAGGUAAAAAAUCCUCAACGAGACUUGCCAAUUGGCAUAUCAAUAGCGUUAACUAUAUGUUGCAUUCUGUAUAUGCUUGUAGCAGCAGUUAUUGUUGGCUUAGUACCAUAUUAUGAGUUGAACUCUGAUACCCCAAUCUCCUCAGCAUUUUCUAGCUAUGGGAUGCAAUGGGCAGUGUAUAUAAUAACAACUGGAGCUGUUACUGCUCUUUUUGCCAGUUUGCUGGGUUCUAUUCUUCCUCAGCCACGUGUCUUUAUGGCAAUGGCUAGGGAUGGUUUAUUGCCUCAUUUCUUCUCAGACAUCCAUAAAGGCACACAGAUUCCUUUGAAAAGCACUAUUGUCACUGGUGUCUUUGCAGCUACUCUUGCAUUCUUUAUGGAUGUUUCCCAAUUAGCAGGGAUGGUUAGCGUGGGAACAUUGCUUGCAUUUACCACUGUUGCAGUUUCAGUUUUGAUAAUCAGAUAUGUUCCACCUGACGAGGUACCCGUUCUGUCUUCACUUCUAACAUCUGUUGAUCCAUUAUUGAGGCAUUCUGGUGGUGAUAUUGGGGAAGAUGGGGCCAUAAGUCAUGUAGAUCCUUCUAGUUAUUGUGAGAAUAGUCACCUACAUGACAAGUCAGAGGCUCUGAUUGGGCAUCCUUUAAUCAUAAAAGAAGUGACCAAAGAUGAAGAGAAUGAGAAAGCUAGGCGGAAACUUGCUUCAUGGACCAUAGCCCUAUUAUGUAUUGGGAUUCUCAUAGUUACCAGUGCGGCUUCAGCUGACUGGUGUCCCAGGAUUUUGCGCUUAACAUUGUGUGGAAUGGGUGGUAUUCUUCUUUUGUGCAGUAUAAUUGUACUGGCCUGCAUAAAGCAAGAUGAUAAUAGGCACAGCUUUGGACACUCGGGAGGUUUUGCUUGCCCAUUUGUUCCAUUCUUACCUGCUGCCUGUAUUCUUAUAAACACCUACUUAUUAAUUGAUCUUGGAGUUGGAACAUGGCUGCGAGUUUCGGUAUGGAUGUUGAUAGGAGUACUUGUAUACUUGUUCUAUGGCCGCAGUCACAGCUCACUGUUGCAUGCAAUCUAUGUUCCUUCAGCAUAUGCUGAUGAAAUCCAUCGUUCUCAAGCAAUUCAUCUUGCCUAGUAUUUGAAUGGCAGCUACUAAAGUUACCACACUUCAGGUCUCUAUCCAUUUUUUACAUAAUUGUCACCUUACAUUACAUUACAUGACUUGCACCAAUUUGUAAAUAUCCUAGUCUAAAUCGAUACUUUGUUUCCGCUAUCAGACGGAUGAUUACUAUGAUUAUUUAUUUUUUUAUUUAAACAAGUGUUGUCAUAUAUUUCACACAAUAAGGUACUAGACUACUAGGUGCAUGUUUGGUUUUUCGUUGUAAAAUUAUGUUUGAGGCAAAAGUCAUUUUACUACCA